AUGCACACUCUCCGCUCCAGCCAGUCUCCCAAGGAGGGCUUCCGGGGCCGCUGCUUCAGCUAUUUCUCUGCGUACGACCUGGGCAAAGCUGGCAUCCACUCCAGGAUGCCUCCUGACAGCACCCACCCAUCCACCAUCCCACCCCCCAGGCAGAGCCAUGAGCUCCAGGAAGGAGUGAGAGAGAGAGAGAACCACACUGCUGAUGACUCCGAGGGAGGGGCCCUGGACAUGUGCUGCAGCGAGAGGCUGCCGGGUGUCCCCCAGCCGGUAGGGAUGGAGGCGCUGGACCAGGCCGAGGGGCCCACGGCCUUGCAGAGAGAGAUGCCGCUGCCCCCGCCUCCUUCACCGCCCUCAGAGCCGGCUCAGAAGCGACCACCCCGAGGCGCCAGGAGCCACUCCCUCACCGUCAGGAGCAGCCUGUGCCUGUUGGUUGCCUCCCAGUUCCUGCUCGCCUGCGGGAUGCUCUGGCUCAGCGGCUACGGCCCCAUCUGGUCGCAAAAUGCCACAGACCUCAUCUCCUCCGUGCUCACACUCCUGGAGCAGCUGGGACCCUCGGCCUGGCUGGCUGUUGGGACCUGGGACGUCCCUAAUCUGCUGCUGGUCUCUCUGUCCGUGAUCCUCGUCACCACCUUGGUGUGGCACCUCCUGAGGACUCCCCCAGAGCCACCCACCCCGCUGCCCCCCGAGGACAGGCGCCAGUCGGUGAGCCGUCAGCCCUCUUUCACCUACUCUGAGUGGAUGGAGGAGAAGGUCGAGGAUGACUUCCUGGACCUGGACCCUGUCCCUGAGACACCUGUGUUUGACUGCGUGAUGGACAUCAAGCUUGAGGCCGACCCUGCCUCACUGACUGUCAAGGCCAUGGGUCUGCAGGAGAGGAGGGGCUCCAACGUCUCCCUGACCCUGGACAUGUGCACCCCGGGCUGCAAUGAGGAGGGGUUCGGCUAUCUCAUGUCCCCACGCGAGGAGUCGGCCCGCGAGUACCUGCUCAGCGCCUCCCGCGUCCUCCAGGCCGAAGAGCUUCACGAGAAGGCCCUGGACCCCUUCCUGCUUCAGGCAGAAUUCUUUGAAAUUCCCAUGAACUUUGUGGAUCCGAAAGAGUAUGACAUCCCUGGGCUGGUGCGGAAGAACCGGUACAAAACCAUCCUUCCCAACCCUCACAGCAGAGUGUGUCUGACCUCACCAGACCCUGACGACCCCCUGAGUUCCUACAUCAACGCCAACUACAUCCGGGGCUAUGGUGGGGAAGAGAAGGUGUAUAUCGCCACUCAGGGACCCAUCGUCAGCACAGUUGGCGACUUCUGGCGCAUGGUGUGGCAGGAGCACACGCCCAUCAUUGUCAUGAUCACCAACAUCGAGGAGAUGAACGAGAAGUGCACCGAGUAUUGGCCGGAGGAGCAGGUGGUGUACGACGGCGUGGAGAUCACUGUGCAGAAAGUCAUCCACACUGAGGAUUACCGGCUCCGACUCAUUGCUCUCAGGAGUGGGACAGAAGAGCGAGGCCUGAAGCAUUACUGGUUCACAUCCUGGCCCGACCAGAAGACCCCAGACCGGGCCCCCCCACUCCUGCACCUGGUGCAGGAGGUGGAGGAGGCAGCCCAGCAGGAGGGGCCCCGCUGCGCCCCCAUUGUCGUCCACUGCAGUGCAGGGAUUGGGAGGACGGGCUGCUUCAUAGCCACUAGCAUCUGCUGCCAGCAGCUGCGACACGAGGGCGUGGUGGACAUCCUGAAGACCACGUGCCAGCUCCGUCAGGACAGGGGCGGCAUGAUCCAGACGUGUGAGCAGUACCAGUUCGUGCACCACGUCAUGAGCCUCUACGAGAAGCAGCUGUCCCGCCCGUCCCCCGAGUGACCACACUCCUCCCCGAGGUCCUCUGGGUACCACCCAGCCUGAGUCUGGGCCCUCAUCCCGGCCACACCCAGGGCCCUGCCUCGGGUCCAGCCUG